AUGAACGACCUUCAGCCAGACCCCGCCUUCAACUCCAGGGCGCCUUCUCCCCUCGACGCCAAACUUCCCCCGCCACCACCCGCCGACAUCGACGAGCCCCUAGCACCCCCUCCGCCUGCAAAACAAGAUACCUUGCCUUCCCUUCCGCCCAUACAGGCUCCCCAGGCUCUCACUUUACCCCCACUCGGCUCCCUGGGUGCAGGCCUCAACGCGCCUCUGACUCCAACGACGCCUACCAGUCCGUCCGCCACAGACGGCAAGUCCAAGCGCGCGAACCCCCUCACAGAUCUUGUCGAUACAGAGAAGGCGUUUGUUGACCAGCUGACGGGCAUCAUUCGGGCAAUCGCUGCUGCGUGGUCGCGCUCCAAUUUGCCUCCACCCGAGCUGGAUACUAUGUUUAGGAGUAUAGAAGGCAUUUACAAGGCAAAUCGUGGUCUACACGCUAAACUGAAGGAUAUUAGUGCAGAUCCAAAGUCUGCCGGGGAGUUGGGUGGAUUACUGAUCAAAUGGAUUGAUGACCUGAAGAAGCCCUACGAAACAUACUGUAGCAAGUACUGCAGCGGUUUUGACACAUGGCAACCCGUCCAAUCAAACUCGCGCCUGGGUCCCAUUCUUGCGCAAUUUUCUUCCGCUAAUCCAGCUCCUUCAAAUGGCGGUAUAUGGACUCUUGAUUCUCUUUUUCUCCUUCCAAAGGCCAGACUAAAGUACUACCUCAAGUUAUACAACCGAUUACUUAAAAACACCGAUAACCGUCUCCUCAUCGGUGCUGUUGAGACUCUGAAUCAUUUGAUGGACAUUUUGGACAGCCGGACUUCAGUCAAGGUCGGAGAACAAGGAUCGGAUGCACCUGCCAUACCAGCACUGGAAACUGAAGAUGAAAUAGUCAUCGACAUGCGCAAUCAUACUUUGAGUCCCUCGGCUCCUGCAAAGCCUCCUUUGCGUCUUGCGGAUAACGACACAAAUACUGGCAGUGAAACAAGCUCGAACCGUGGUAGUGCAUCUGGGGGUGAACGUUCUUCGCGGGAAUCGCAAGCGACCUCAACAAGCCGUGCCUCUACCCAAACACUCUCAUUGCCCAUUACAGAUCUCGAGCGUAGACUUUCCACCGAACGUACUCUGGAUAUAUUCACUAUGACAUCCAAGGCGGUAAAACUACAAAUGGCUCCAGCCUCUCUCACUUUCACACGUGAAUUUCGAACAUCGUUGGACGUCGUUAUUCGUUUUACUCCGCGAGCGACAGGCGUGGAAGUCGUUCAUUACCAGGGGCACAUAUUCCUUCUUUCUGACCUCUUCCUCAUAUGCGAAAGGAUGUUGCCGGAAGAUCGAGACAAGCGGAGCUCUGUUGGCGCUGACAUGUGGCUUUGCUAUCCUCCUCUUGCUGGAAAGGUGUUGAGGGUAUCUGAAGUUCCUGGACAAGACAAUGCCUUGCAGGUCGCAAUUAUGAGAAAAGAAUACCUCAUUCUUGAGACCGAUUCCAUGGACAGCAGAAACCGGUUAAUGACUCAAUUCAAAGAGUGCACUGAAUUCUCGAGUUCCCUACCUCCACCUUCAAAACAACCCCCGCCACCUGUCCCAUCUCUUAGUGCCUUUACGGGCAAUCACCCUGCGUCUGCGCCUUCCAUCGAUCCUCAGACUCAAGGAAAUGCCGGUCCAUCAGAGUUACCUCCUCAGCCUCCCGCAUAUCCCUCUUCUGACGGAAAACCACUUCCUUCCCCUUCAGAACCCAGAAGCCGACCUGAAACCAAUUUGCCUCCAGCGCCAGGUCCACCUUACCUUAGGAGCUCAGCCUCUGCUCAACCCUUUCCUAGAGGUCCACCGCUCGGCUCCAACACUAUCAUCCCACCGGCUAGGAGUACUAGCUACCUUCCAGGUACACAUGGAGAGUCUUCGAAUGGUCCAAAUUUUCCCCCAGCGAAUGGAAUGUAUGGACAAGGACCAGGAGCUUACAUUGGAAACCCUCAAGGUGGCCCUGCUCCAUCAACACAACAGUCUAUGUAUCCUCUCCAUCCAGUCAACGGGCGCCCCAACUUCCCACCUGGUGCGCUUCCCCCACCUAGGCCUCCAUCUGAACCGAACAUAGGUCCUGGUCCUAUUCAUAAAGCUCCCUCAAUACGCUCUCUUGGAUCGCAGUACUCUCAAGGCGAAUCAUUUGCUCCUCCAUUACCCCGGUACCCUCCCGGCCAAUCUGGUCCCAUGAACCAAGGGCCGCGAACCACAUCUUAUGCCGGUGGAAUGCUCGCCCCUCAGGCUCGGCCUUUACUACCAUCUGCACAACUUGGCCAGCGUUCUGUUUCGAUGGCAGCCGAAAUACCAUUUACCGAACCCAGCCCGCCCAAUUCACCGCUGCAAGAGCCACAACAUAUCGGUCCAGUUGUAUCAACAAUCUCAGCGCAAAUGAAGUGCAAAGUAUUUUUACAGCAACAUCAUGCGCAAUGGAAGUCACUAGGUUCAGCGAAGCUCAAACUAUAUCGGCAGGACCCAACAAACGUCAAACAACUUGUUGUUGAAGCUGAUAACAAAGAGAAAUCGGUAUUGAUCUCCACUAUUGUUCUCACUGAUGGAGUGGAGCGAGUGGGUAAAACGGGGGUUGCUAUUGAGUUGAGUGAUAAGGGUGCUCGAACAGGUAUCAUUUACAUGAUCCAGCUACGGAACGAGGCCUCAGCAGGUGGGCUAUUCGAUAGCCUUUUGGCUGGUUCUGACAGAGCAGCGCGUGGUUGA